AUGCAGAGAGCUGGAAGCAGCGGCGCCCCGGGGAACAGCGGCGGGGGCAGUGGCGGGGGCCCGGGCACUGCCUUCUCUAUCGACUCCUUGAUAGGGCCGCCGCCACCGCGCUCCGGCCACUUGGUCUACACUAGCUACCCUAUGUUCAUGCCGUACCGGCCGCUAGUGCUGCCGCAGGCGUUGGCCCCCGCGCCGCUGUCUGCGGGCCUCCCGCCUCUUGCCCCGCUAGCUUCCUUUGCCGGCCGCCUUACCAACACCUUCUGCGCGGGGCUGAGUCAGGCCGUACCCUCGAUGGUUGCGCUGACCACCGCACUGCCCAGCUUCGCGGAGCCGCCCGACACCUUCUACGGGCCCCCGGAGCUCGCCGCGGCUGCCGCCGCCGCUACUGCUGCCCGCAACAACCCUGAGCCGGGCGGCCGACGCCCAGAGGGUGGUCUGGAAACCGAGGAGCUGCUACCGGCCCGGGAGAAAGUGGCAGAGCCCCCACCACCCCCUCCUCCGCACUUCUCAGAGACUUUCCCAAGUCUGCCCGCAGAGGGGAAGGUGUACAGCUCAGAUGAGGCACCAGCAGGAGACCCAGCAGGCAGCGAACAGGAGGAAGAGGGCUCAGGCGGUGACAGCGAGGACGACGGUUUCCUGGACAGUUCUGCAGGGGGUCCAGGGGCUCUUCUGGGACCUAAACCGAAGCUAAAGGGAAGCCUGGGGACUGGAGCUGAGGAGGGGGCACCAGUGGCAACAGGGGUCACAGCUCCCGGGGGGAAAAGCCGACGGCGUCGCACAGCUUUUACCAGUGAGCAACUUUUGGAAUUGGAGAAGGAGUUUCAUUGCAAGAAAUACCUGAGCUUGACAGAGCGUUCCCAGAUCGCCCAUGCCCUCAAACUCAGUGAGGUGCAGGUCAAGAUCUGGUUUCAGAAUCGACGGGCCAAGUGGAAGCGCAUCAAAGCUGGUAAUGUGAGCAGCCGUUCUGGGGAGCCUGUAAGAAACCCCAAGAUUGUUGUGCCCAUACCUGUGCAUGUCAACAGAUUUGCUGUGCGGAGCCAGCAUCAACAAAUGGAACAGGGGGCCCGGCCCUGA